UUGAAAACUGAUCCAGGUAAUAGGUGAUGUGAACUACGUCAUCAUUUUUAGUGUAUUUUCAAUUAAUCGCUAACGUUAUCUUCGAACUUAUUAUAAUUAAUUAAAAUUAGUUCAAAACUACCAAGAAAUGCGGCUUUUCAUCAAAUGUAGGGUUGACUGUUCUACAAAUUAGAUUAAACCAAUAUAUUGAUUGUCUAGUACUGUAAUAAUUUUCGUGGAAAUAUUUAUGUUGAUCGAGUAGUAAGUCACAUGAUACACAAUUACACCCCCAGUAAAAAUGGCAAGUCAAUCUACUGGAAUUCAGCAGCUUUUAGCUGCCGAAAAACGGGCUGCAGAGAAAGUCGGAGAAGCAAGAAAGAGGAAGGCCAGAAGGUUAAAGCAGGCUAAAGAAGAGGCCCAGGCUGAAGUGGAAGCUUAUAGGAAGGAGAGAGAAGCACAGUUCAAAGCUCACGAGGGGAAGAUUAUGGGAACAAAGGGAGAUAUGGAAUCCAAGGUAGAUAUCGAAACACAGCAGAAGAUCAAGGAAAUCAACGCAAAUGUUCAGAAGACAAGAGAACAAACGAUGGCUAGUCUCCUUACUUUGGUGUAUGAUAUCAAGCCAGAGCUUCAUAUUAACCUCAGACUGUAAUGUAGACUUACCCAAGGACAAUAUCUGGCACCAAUAGCUGAGCCUGCAUGCAUCAAUGAUUCUGUGGGAGACAAUGGUUUAUACAAUACAUUGGAGAAAACGACUGCCAAACAAUAUAUUGGUUACAAUGUACAGUAUGCGGACAAUAAUACACUUCAUCUGUACUUUAUAGUAUUUAUUAUAAGCAGCGAAAAUUUCAAUGUUUUCUAUAAAUCUACACCUGUCUUAAGUCAUACUGAAAUAUUGAUGUGUGCUACCUUGAAUUGUCUGGAGAAAAUUGUAAUAUUCACCUGAGAAAAUUGUAUUUAUGACUGAAAUAAGGUACUCUCGCAUCAAGCCCCUAUGUUGCUCUCCCCUCUAUCCUCAAAUUCACUAACAUUGAGCUAGAAAGUAUAUAUAGGGAGGGGGUGACGAGAGA